AUGACGACCGCAACGCCAAAGCCCACGAGCGUCGGCAACAUCUCCGAAGAGAUCGAAGACGACCUCAGUACGCUGCCGCACAUGGAGCUGAGCCAGCUGCUCUUUUUGCUGCAGCACCAGCACGCAACAAGCGCCGUCGACCCCGCCGUGCAGCAGCAGCUCUUGGACCUCAUGCGCCAGCACGCGAUGGCGCCGUUCUAUCGGCGCGUGUGCGACCUGUUCCAGUGGCCACUCGACGCUGCGCUUGAGGCCGACAUGCAGACGACGAACGCGCGCGAGUUGGCGCAACUGAACGACCGGUUGGCCGACGCCGAGCAGAACUUGGGCGACAUUGAGGUGCUUGAGGCGCUCUUGGCCAAAGCGCGUCUGUUCUCGCGCAUUGGCGACAAGGACAGAGCGCUCGAGGCGUUUGCCGUGGCCGGCGAGAAGCCGCAGUCGAUCAACCAGAAGAUCCUCGUUACGCUGCACGUCAUUCGCAUUGGUCUGUUCUUUUCCGACCUGGACCUGGUCGAAACGAACAUCAAGAAAGCCACUGUGUUGAUUGACGAGGGCGGGGACUGGGACCGACGCAAUCGGUUGAAAGUGUACGAAGGGUGCUACUUGCUGAUGGCACGCGACUUGAAGAAGGCGUCGAAGCUGUUUCAAGAGUCCGUGGCGACGUUCACGGCGACCGAGUUGAUGCCGUACAACACCAUGGUGUUCUACUGUGUCAUCACGUGCGUGCUUGGCAUGAGUCGCGUGGAGUUGAAGAAAAAGAUUGUCGACUCGCCCAAGAUCCUCGCAGUGAUCAAGGAGGUUCCGUUCCUUGCCGAGUUUCUGAGCGGCGUCUACGACUGCAACUACAAGCAGUUCUUUACUGCAAUGGUCGACCUCCAGCCGUCCAUCUUGCGCGACAAGUACCUCUCGACGCACGCUCGCUACUUGUACCGCGAGCUGCGUGUGCUCGCGUACGCGCAGUUCUUGGAGGCUUACCGCAGCGUGACGAUUGCAUCCAUGGCAGCCGCUUUUGGCGUGAGCGUGGACUUCCUCGACACGGAGCUUGCCCGGUUCAUCGCUGCUGGUCGACUGAACGCCAAGAUCGACAAGGUGGCUGGCGUGAUCGAGACCAACCGUCCUGAUGCCAAGAACGCGCAGUACCAGGAAGCGAUCAAGAAGGGCGACCUGCUGCUCAACCGGAUCCAGAAGCUCGCGCGAGUGAUCAACGUGUAG